UUGGUAUUUCAAACCAUGAAUUCAGAGUCCAUUGAGGUGCUAAUCGAGUCGAUCCGCAACUCGGAAUUUCAUGCCAUCGGCUUGCUCGGCUUUCGCACUGUGGUGCUUCAGAGCCAGCCCACCCUCAAGCUGGAGGUCACCGUGUGCUCCUCCAACUACGACCAGGUGGCCACUAAAGAUCCUCGCAUUGGAUGCAAGUUGAUCUUCACCUACACCGAUAUGUAUCCCCAUCUGUUGCCCAAAAUAACUCUCAAGGCGAAGAUGAAUUUCCCCGAUAUGUUCGAGAUCAAAAUGCAGGAGGAGUUCCGUCGCAUAAGGCGGCUGAAUCGAGGCACCCAGUUUAUCCUUUCGAUUGUUACCAGGGCCAAGGACAUGAUGGACCAGAUGGUCAGGAAGCUGAAGCGGAAAAUGGAAGCGACCAUGGCUGCCGAAGAGCUGGAUGUGCUCUAACGACUCUCUAUGGCAAGCCCCAAACUAAAUUAUGGUGUGAGUAAAAUUGUAGAUUAAGCAAAUAAAAUUAUGUUCAUUUGUGGUUGGACCAAUUCA